CCCCACAAUCAAACCCAUCCUUCACUCUCUCUCUUCUCUCCUCUCCUCUCCUCCUCUCCUCUCCAAUUGAUUUUCAAUUUCUGAUUAAGAUAUGGGGAGCUAUCAAAAUUGCGUCAAUGGAGAAGCUCUCACGUCAUCCGCCUCCUUCAAGGCUAAGAAGAAGCCAGCCGCUGCCAUCUCCCGAGCUGGCUCCGACUCUGACGACAUCAUUACUCUAAUGCAUGGCUCCGAUCCGGUGCGCGUCGAGCUCACUCGCCUCGAAAACGAAGUUCGAGAGAAGGACCGUGAAUUGGGAGAGGCACAUGCAGAAAUCAAAGCAUUAAAGUAUUCAGAACGCCUCAAGGAGAAGGCAGUCGAAGAGCUAACUGAAGAGCUUAAGAAAGUAGAUGCAAAGUUAAAAGCUGCGGAAUUGCAACUUGAAAGCAAGAAUCUCGAAAUCAAGAAAAUAAAUGAGGAGAAAAAAGCUGCUUUGGCUGCUCAAUUUGCUGCAGAAGCCACUCUUCGAAGAGUGCAUGCGGCACAGAAAGAUGACGAGAUGCCUCCCAUUGAGGCAAUCAUCGCACCUCUGGAGGCCGAGUUAAAGCUUACCAGAAUGGAGGUAGCAAAGCUACAGGAGGACAGCAGAGCUCUUGAUCGACUUACUAAAUCAAAAGAGGCUGCUCUGUUAGAAGCAGAACGUACUGUUCAAAUUGCUCUAGCAAAAGCAUCCAUGGUUGAUGAUUUGCAGAACAAAAACCAGGAUUUGGGUAAACAGAUUGAGAUAUGCCAGGAAGAGAAUAGAAUAUUGGACAAAAUGCACAGACAAAAGGUUUCUGAAGUCGAGAAGCUGACACAAACCGUUCGUGAGCUUGAGGAGGCUGUUUUGGCUGGGGGUGCUGCUGCCAACGCCGUACGUGAAUACCAGAAAAAAGUGCAAGAGAUAAAUGAAGAAAAAAGAAUCCUAGACCGUGAACUAGCACGUGCUAAGGUAUCAGCAAACCGUGUAGCUGUUGUUGUUGCUAACGAUUGGAAAGAUGCAAGUGACAAAGUAAUGCCAGUGAAGCAGUGGCUUGAAGAAAGAAAAUUCUAUCAGGGAGAAAUGCAGCAACUGAAAGAUAAGCUAGCUAUUGCGGAGCGUGCUGCUAAGGCGGAAGCACAACUGAAGGAAAAAUACCAUUUACGCUUUAAAGUUUUGGAGGAAAGGCUUAAAGGGCAUCCAAAUGGUAUAAAUCGUGCUGCAUCACAAGGAAGAAGUACGAACAAUGGAGCUUUACGCAGGCAAUCACUUGGAGGAUCUGAGAACUUAUCGAGACCAUCAUCAAAUGGAAUUCUGUCUAGAAAAGGGGGCUUAUCAGCGUCAUCCCGUAUCAUUAACGCGAGUUCACUGUUAAAGCUGGAAAGAGAUUCAUCAAGUUCAUUUGAAAGUGAUGGUGAGCUAUCCAAUGGUGAUAGGAGGGUAAUGGAUGUGAACGAGAAAGACAGUCGGCUUACCAACGGAAAAGACACCCCACCAAACAAUGGAACAACUCAUCCUUGUGAGAAUGGGAAUGGAGUUAUCUUAACUGAAAAGCUGGCAAAUGGAUAUGAAGACUGUGUUUCUGGGAUGCUAUACGAUAUGCUGCAGAAAGAGGUUAUUACACUGCGGAAAUUUUGCAAUGAGAAAGAUCAAAGCCUCAAGGACAAAGAUGAUGCGAUUGAGAUGUUGGCCAAAAGGGUUGAAAUGUUGAACAAGGCAAUGGAAGUCGAGGCCAAGAAGAUGCGGAGAGAAGUAGCUGCCAUGGAGAAGGAAGUCGCUGCUGUACGCACCGGCAAGGAACAAGACCAAAGGAACAGACGCUCUAGCGCUACAAGAGGAGCCAAUGUUGGGUCUCAUACGCAUUCCAUGAGGAACGGACGGCACCCUUAGAGUGAAUGUUGAUUGCUGUGUUUAUUGGAGGCAAGUGUUGUUGUUUUGUAAGCAUAGAGAGCUUAUAUAGUGUUCCUACAUAUUAGUAGUAUAAUUUUGUAUAUCUUGUUUGCCAACUGUCUGAUUUUAGGAAUGUAUAUUUUAUGAUUUGAGAGCUGCUACUGCAAUGCAAAUUGUAAAUGGAGUUGUUGUUUUGAGGUAUCUUCAACCAUGAUAUUGUAUUGAUUUUGCAUA